GAACGGCGGCGUCUUCCCGCUCCCUAAUCCUGACGACUGAGCAGCGCCGACCUCGCCGGCUGAGGGGAGCGGGAGGAGGUCGCGGUGGCGGGAAGAUGACCCUCUCGCUGGGCUGGAGACCCAGGCCCGCAACCCUGGGCCCUGCCCUGGAAGCGCUUGCGGUCCGGCGCCUGAACUGAGGAGUUGUGAGUGGACGGGGACGGCGAGGUUGCGUGCGGGGCCUGUGCCCCUGUGGGUGCAGAGUUGCUUUGUGGGAUACCCUGGAAGACCGACUAAUCCUCCCCUCGGGGCCAUUAAUUCAAAACAUUAACUUCACGAACGUUUACCGGGCUCCUAUGUGCCGUUCUCGGUGCUAGCUAGCCCUUGGGUAUACGAUCACUGAGAAAUCAGAGUUCAGUUUGACGGGUUACCCCAGAAGGGAAAGGUAAAGGCGAGGAGAGACUUGGCUUUUUCUAUCUUUGUUAUUUUUGCAUGAAUUGUGCCUAAAAUGUACUUUUAAAUGGGGAAGGUGCUCUGAAGAUUUGAGCUGAACGCCAUCUACUCGCGAUUUAACUAAUUGUUUUCUCCUCUCUCUGGCUGUUGGACGCGCACUUUCCGGAGGAUGGGGGAGGUAACCAAGGCUGCACUUUGGCGUAAAUUGCAAUCGAUUAGGGAUCGUUUCUCAGACUCAAGUUAGAAGUGAGAGUUCAGAUAAGUGAGGCCACCAUUGCUGCUUGGAACACCUCAGAAGGGGAGAAUGGAUUUAUCAGGAGUGAAAAAGAAGAGCUUGCUAGGAGUCAAAGAAAAUAAUAAAAAGUCCAGCACUAGGGCUCCUUCUCCUUCCAAACGCAAAGACCGCUCUGAUGAGAAGUCCAAGGAUCGCUCUAAAGAUAAAGGGGUCACCAAGGAGUCGAGCGAGAAGGAUCGUGGCAGGGAUAAAACUCGCAAGAGGCGCAGCGCUUCCAGUGGUAGCAGCAGCACCAGGUCUCGGUCCAGCUCUACCUCCAGCUCGGGCUCCAGCACCAGCACUGGCUCGAGCAGCGGCUCUAGCUCCUCAUCUGCAUCAAGCCGCUCGGGAAGUUCAAGCACAUCCCGCAGCUCCAGCUCUAGCAGCUCCUCUGGCUCUCCAAGUCCUUCUCGGCGCAGACAUGACAAUAGGCGGCGUUCCCGCUCCAAAUCCAAACCACCCAAAAGAGAUGAAAAGGAAAGGAAAAGGCGGAGCCCUUCUCCUAAGCCCACCAAAGUACACAUCGGGAGACUUACCAGGAAUGUGACCAAGGAUCACAUCAUGGAGAUAUUCUCCACCUAUGGGAAAAUUAAAAUGAUUGACAUGCCUGUAGAAAGAAUGCACCCCCAUCUAUCUAAAGGCUAUGCGUAUGUGGAGUUUGAGAAUCCAGAUGAAGCCGAGAAGGCACUGAAGCACAUGGAUGGAGGACAAAUUGAUGGCCAGGAAAUCACUGCCACCGCUGUGCUGGCCCCCUGGCCUAGGCCACCCCCCAGGCGAUUCAGCCCUCCCAGGAGAAUGCUGCCACCACCUCCCAUGUGGCGCCGGUCUCCCCCACGGAUGAGGAGAAGGUCACGCUCCCCACGGCGCAGGUCCCCCGUGCGUCGGCGAUCCCGCUCCCCCGGCCGGCGCCGCCACCGGAGCCGCUCCAGCUCCAAUUCCUCCCGAUAAGCAAGCCACCGAAGCUCUGCCCCAUAACUUAUAUCCCAUCCAACUCAGUUCUGUCACUUUUCUAGCCGAAGGAGAGUCAGUAGGAAACAAAUUCUCACUCAGGGGCAGGCUUCAAAGGCAGCAUUGAGACGUUUUCCUCUGAAGGCCAAGUUCAGCUGCAGAACUGUUAUUGGGUUGGGGUUGUGCCUAUGAAGAUGCCCUCCAGUUUCCUGGCUAGAAAGUUCCCAUGUUUCCAGUCCCUGAGAGUCAGUUCAGUGGCUAAGCCAGCAGGAACAAGCAGGGUUCUAGCUGGCAGUAUCACCCCAGCCUGGGAGCGCAAUUUUUCAUUCCGCUGAUGACCUAGGGUCAAUCUAGUAGCCUGAAGAUCCUUCAGGAAAGGGCAUGCUUUCGUGCAGCUGCCGUUCCUAUUAACCUGGCUCUGCUUGAGUCUUGACCUCUAGGGUCACACAACCCAUUAGUUGCUGUAAAUGGUUCUGUUCUCAUACACUCGUGUACUGAUACACUCACACCCCACAUCUCCUUUCUUUGAAAUUGGUGAGCAAGUUGAGAGCUGACUCUGUAGGGUCAUUGCACCCCACCUCCACCCUCUUUGUAGUGGUCUUUGGGGUUACCUUGGGAACAUGUACAUUGCUUUUUUGGCUUUUAUUGUACAGUCAGUACUAUAAAUUUUCUGUUUUGAGUUUUUUUGUAACUUUGUAGCAUUUUGUUGUGUAGAGUAAAAGAAUUGUGUUGAAUAAACCUAGGAUUAGAAUGCAGA